CAGUUAGAAGAUCUUAAGGGGAUCUAGCGUGGUUCCUCUCAGGGGUCGUUCUGACAUAUUUUCCCAUCCUACGUGAUUUCAACCAACCAGUGGUGAACAACAACCUGGCCACUAUGGCCUAAAGAAGGAGGAUUCUUGUCCAGGGCUUCUGGAAACUUGUUUUUCGUUUAUCUCGGCCGGAAAACCGUUCUGAUUGCCAGCGGUGACGACAGACUUGGAGCAAACAGGACCGGGAGGCAGUCGGAGAGGGUUUGCACCCCUUUUUCAGGGAUUCUUACGUACGUUCGCUUCUCCUUGCAGCUAAAAUGGAUACCAAGCUGAUUGUAGUAGUGUUCCUCGUGGCUUUACCGUGCCUGUGUCUGGCGGACCUGUCCACCGCUCCCAUCACAACCACCUGGAUCCCCAAGAUCAGCCGCAAGAUGGUGAAGUUUGCCGAGUCCCAAACCGGCGCGCUUCAGCUGGUCAAGGCGUACGACGAGAAACUCAACUUCACCGAGAUUCAAAUUGACGGCGAAACGCAGCUCCAUUUGAUGACCCAGGCAGCAGGAGACCGUCUGAAGAAGUGCCGGGACAUCCUGCACAGGAACAAGGCUGAGAUAGAAGCCUCUCAUGCACAGGGCCCGGCAGGGGGCGCUUCUGCCUCGGACUGCUGCGACAACCUCGGCCAGCUGGAGUACGACCCAAGAAAUUGGUACGUCAGCGCCGCCUCACCUAAGAAGAAGAACGUGGUGAUUGUGAUGGACGUGAGCGGGUCCAUGCGGGAGCCACCAGGACCAGAGGAGAACAACAGACUCAACCUGGCCAAACAGGCUGCUCUGACGGUACUGGACACACUCACGCCGAGAGACUGGGGAGGAGUGGUGUCAUUCAGUGCUCGAGCAGAAGCACCGGAAGGUUGUCUAGGAGACAGUCUGGGAGAAGCCAACCCAACAAACAUCGGAAUCAUGCAGAACUUCAUUAACCAACGUGUGCCUGAGACUAUCACUGUGUACGCUGAAGGGUUCAAAAAAGCAUUCAACAUGUUCCUUGAGGCUAAAAACAAGAAACCGGACCAGUUUGAAGACUGCUACAACAUCAUCAUUUUCCUGACUGACGGACAGCCAACAGACACCUACUUCUCACUGGAUGAAAUUGCUAAAGGCCAGGAUCUCAUGGAACGUUCUGUGCACAUCUUCACCUACGGGCUGGGCUUAGCUCUCCAAACGGCCAGUAGCGGCUGGGCUCCUGACCCCAACAACCCAUGGGUGAAGUUACCUGCCUUGGACUUCCUGGCUACCAUCGCGGAUCAGAACAAUCAUCAGAUCCCGGGAGCUGUGGAGUGGACGAACGGAUACUGCGAAAAUCAAAUGUACGGGUCGUGCUUUAGUGCAAACAGGGAUCCGCAAGGCGUUGGGCCAUGGGGCAGGACUGAGUACAUAGACGACAACCAGGGCGACAAACUGAAGACCAUCAUGGGCAGCUACUACGACUUCUUCCCGUUCUCAUCCAACCCUGAGCCGACCUACUCUGUACCAACUAACGAUGAGCAUCUUGGUCUGGUGAUAAAUGCCGCCCUCCCCACCAUUGACGCCGCCGACACGUUCUUCGGAGUUACAGCUGUGGACAUCUCCAUGGAGGUUGUGUUCCAUGAGAUUGCCAACUUCGACAUCGGACAAUAUUCCUACGCCUUUCUGGUGGAUAGAGAGGACGGCCGAGUGCUCAUCCACAGAAACAUACCCAAACCCAUGGAGUGGAGGUCAGAGCCGACAUUUCUCGGUCUAGAGUCUAUGGAGUCAGCUCUCAGGUCACGGGAGAUCAACAAGAUUCUGAACGGAGACACUGGGGACUACUGGACUGACGACGUAAAAGUCCCGAUUGCCCGUGGCAAUGCCCAGUUUGACGGAGCCGUGACCAUAGAGAAAGCUGCGACCUUCUACUACGAACCCAUUCCUGACACCAAGUACAGCGUCGUGCUCUGUCUGUUUGAAGAUGAUGAGACCAUAGCCAUCCCCACUGAGGUGAACCCUGAGAACGGCACAGACGCUCUGUACCACCGUCUGGACCUGCUGUACAUGAACAACGCCACCGGCGACACGCAGUUCUGCAGACUGUAUGACGAGUACGCCACGCCUGAUGAGUCAACUAUCAAGUUCCCUCCAGACGCCUUCGCUGACCCCAUCAACUACCUAAACACUCUGGAGACGUUUGAUGAUGUUGUUGACAUCGAACUCUUCAUCAACGAUUUUACAGGGACGAUGACCAAUCCAGGUCUUAUAGAGGGGAUCCGAACUGACGUGAUCCUGUCAGCUGAGAUAGAGCAGUACUGGAGGGAGAACGGAACAGAAUCUGUGUGGAGAUACUUUGGCACAGAAAACGGCGUGUUCAGGAUUUUCCCCGGAAUCAUCACGGAUAAGCGGUACGACCCAACCCGCCAGACAUGGUAUGCGCGUGCCCUGAGCAGACCGGAAGACUACACCUUCUCCCGUCCGGUCCCCAGUCCGUUCGGCGGAGGCAACAUGGUCACCAUCAGCAGAGUCAUCUACCACACCGAAACCGAAGAGAGGUUGGGAGUCAUCGCAGCUGACAUCACGGAGACCUACUACUACUCCAUGCUGUACACUGAGAUUCCAGAGUGUCUGUCAGAUGAGUAUGACUGCUUCCUUUUGGACGACAGUGGGUACUUUAUGGAGUCGCUGGACAACACGACUAUCUACUAUCUGUCAACCUUCGACAACAGCACACGGAACAUGGAGCACGACCACCUGACUCACAGGUUCCCAUGGCUCGCCAAAUACCUCAUCGUCCAUGGAGAAUACCUCAGGAGGGAAUGGUGCAAUAACUUCGCUACCCAGAAUUCCCAAAUGUUUUACGACACAACCGGGUUCGUCGGCCUGGAGGUCACCACCGGCCCGUCCUGUUACCAGUUCGCCCUGCAUCCCAUCAACGCCACCAACACCUUCAUUCUGACGUUGCACAACCGACAAACCUACAACUGUGACGACCGUCCUAUCGUAGUUGGCGGCAACCAGAACUGUUCCUGCAAUGAUAUUUGUCAGGUAUGCAGUACUGAGGAACUCCAAGAAUGCCAGUGCCCCUGUGUUUGCGACUGGAACUACGAGUCUUGUACCAAUGAAAUCCUUCGUCUUCUCUCUGACAUCCCCUGUCCUCCCCCUCCCGAGGACCUGACGGCCCGGGGACCAGGACCGCCUUACCCACCUGAGCCUGAGGUGGAGGACUGCGAGGAGAAGUGUAGUGCGCAAUCCGACAACAUCACCUGUGAGGCUCUCCCGCACUGUGUCUGGUGUGAGGAGUUGGACUUUCCUGUCUGCACGGAGAUCUGUCUAACCAGGGAAAAGUUUCCCGUCUCCGUGUUCUUCCCGUGUGUGAACCUGACGGAGCUGUCACGUGACGAGCAGGAAGAGCUGAAGGAGAAUUUUUACCUGAAGGUCAUCCACCUGCUCCCCAAUGUCACUCAGGAGGCCAUCAACUUCCCGGAAAACGUGACAGAGACCACCAUAGAGUUCACGCUCCAAGGCGAGAUGAACAGUCCUCCCCCGGAAGAGUCCAUCGCCCUGCUGCGGCAGCAGACCAACUGGAGACAGAACUUCACAGUCGGACCUCACCGGGACCCUGCCAUGUUCAGAUCAGCGGAUCCGGAAGACUACACGGACCUGAAGAUCACUCUGUUCUUCGACAACGUAAACUUCACAACGAUGCUGUCCAACAACCCGACAUCCGAUACCAGGAGAAACAUCGUUGAUCAGAUCACAGAACUGGUGAACAACACAUUAUCUCCUGAAGUAUCAGUGACCAUGGAUAAUGUCUGGAUGGAACAGAACUACAUCCCAUUCACAAUAUACAAGCUUCCAGACAGCCCGGUUCUGCUGAUGGACGAGUUCAGGAAGUUGGAAGAGAAAGUCAGAAACGCAGAUCCACAGACCAUAGUUACCGCGAAGGGUACAAACUACUCUCCUGUCAGCAUCAGUGCAGAAGGAUCCUUCUACCAGCUGUGUCCUCAGAGCUGUGACGUGGGACUAUCCAAGGAGAACUGUGACGACAUCCCAUCCUGCAACUGGGAAGACUUCAUACCUCCUCACGCCUGCUCCAGCAACAGCUACCUGGUGGAAAGCAUUCCACUGACGGCGUACUUUCCGUGUGACGACCUGACGCUUCUAUCCCAAUGGGAACAAGAUCAGGUCAUCAACAACUUCAGAGCCAAGGUGCUGAACCGGUUUCCCGGACUUUCUGACAAGGCCAUUCACAGCGUGCAGAUCACGAAGGAUCCCAACUUCAUUGGAAGCCAAAUCAGCUUCAUCCUGCAAGCCACCAUGUCGGACCCGUACAUCACUGAUACUUACAACACACUGAAGGACGCCUUCAACAAGGCAAACCACUUCACGGUGGGACCAAACCACACCCCGAGCAUGUUUGUGGCCCACGGAACUGCACAUAAUGCAUUGGAUUACACGGACUUGCGAAUCGUCUUGAAGUUUCCCGGCACAGAUUUCGACGCGGUUCUUCAGGCAUCUCCCCUGACAGCCCGUGCCGUCAUCACGUCCCAGAUCACUGGUCUUGCCAGUAGAAACUUCAUCCAAGAAGUGGCGGGAACAGUGAGCGACAUGUGGCUGGAGGAGGACAUCAUCCCGCUGAUGAUCCACAAGGAUCCGAACAGCCCCGUCAGUCUGCAGGUGGAGGCGGAAAAGCUGGAGACGGAGGUCAGCGCAGACCGAGUUCAGGUCACGUUUGAUGGUCUGACAUACACUGCAAUUUCCAUGGACACGGAAGGCUCCUUCGAGUCCAUCUGUCCAAGGCCGUGUACUGACGGAACGGAUGAGGGCGACUGUGUUCAGAUCCCCGGCUGUGACUGGGGAGACUUUGAUAACCCACAAGUCUGUUCGGACAACAGUCUUCUGGCCGAAAGUAUAGUGGUGGAGACCCUGUUCCCAUGUGCAGACUUUGAAUCUCUGUCUGCAGCAGAACAGCUACAGCUGUUCACAGACUUCAAGAGAAAACUGCACCUCAUGUUGCCCGGUAUCCCCCAGAAAGCCAUCGAUAUCAACUCCUUUAAGAUCGUCGAUGACGAUACCAUAACCUUUGCUCUCCAAGGCACCAUGCAAUACGCCACCCUACAGCAGUUCUACACCACUAUCCGGCAGGAGUUGGAGUGGGCGCAGGACUUCCGUAUCGGCACAACAGCCAAUCCUAACAGCUACAGGUCCCGCGGUCUGGAGGACUAUACAAACUUGCGUGUCCAGCUUAUUUUCGACUCGACGCUGAAUUUGGAUCCGAUGCUGGCAAACGACCUGACGACCCGGGAGACGAUCGGGAAUCAGACAAGACAAAAUCUUGUCACAGCAGGGGUCUCACCGACAGUCCUGGCAACUCUCGGGGACAUCUGGAUGGAAAGGAACAUUAUUCCCUUCACAAUAAGUAAGGCCGCCGAUGACGUCAAAAGCCUUUUGGAUGAGGCAGACAAAGUGGACAAUCUAAUACACACUCUGCCAAACUCUGUCAUUUUCGAAUUCCCCAUCAACGGUGUGACAUGGCAGCCUGUGGGCAUGCUGGUCAACGGGUCGUUCGACGAACUGUGUCCACAGGAGUGUCUGGAUGGUACUGACCGCGGCUCCUGUACUUUGAUCCCUGGGUGUGAUUGGGCAGACUAUGAUGACCCGGUCACGUGCCUGAAUGACGCCUACUUGGUCGAACACAUAAACAUGUCGGCGUUCUUCCCCUGCCUGUUCGUCCCCGUCCACCUGAACUCCUCCGCCCAGAUGCAGCAGGAAGUGACGGACCAUUUCCUGGCUGCUUUGCGCGCUGCUCUGCAAAAAAGGGGCUUUACGGUACCUGAUAAAGUCAUCCACGCUGUGCAAGUUGGAAGAGAUACGAUCGACUUUAGGAUCCAGAGUACAAUGGAAUACCAUAACCUGACCGGCCUGCAGAGUGCCAUCCGGGAUAUUCUAUCGUGGGACGAACUAUUCACCAUAGGCCAUAACCUGGAUGGGCAGUACGUCGAGUACCGGGCGGCAAAUCCUGAAGACGAGUUCAACAACACUGUCAAGUUUGAGAUCAGCUUCGAAGACCAGAACGGAAUGGACAUCGAUUUCGACGCCAUCCUUGAGUCGAACUUCACCAUUCGUGACAUAUUGGAGCAAGACAUCAUCAACUUUGUCAGCACCUCGCUCGGAUCUUCGUCUGUCGCCACUCUGAACGUGGAGAACAUAUGGAUACAAAGUAAUUACUGCACAUUCAGUAUCAGCGUCCCGCUAGAUAACGUGCAGGCUCUAGGUGGAGAGGCAAUAAAGCUGGUGAACAACAUCGGAAACUUCGUCAUCCACGCCGGAGGCUUCCAGGUUCAAGCGGUGACUUAUAAGGAGACCGAGACCUGUGACUUCUGCCCCCCUGUCUGCGAACCAAGAGAUGAACUAGCUUGCGGUGCCAACAUCGGCUGCCAAUGGUGCGUGUUUGAAGGUACGCCACACUGCGGGUCUGACUGCCUGCUGCAAGAAGAAACGCAAGAGAAGCUGAGUGCGUAUUUCCCCUGCCUACCUGAGGUGCUGGACGAUCAGGCAGAACAGGGAAUCCUGGAGAGUUUCCGCGAGGAAGUUCGCAGAGUCCUGAGUGCCAACUUUGGCGGGUUCAACACUUCCAGGAACCUGCUCAAUAUCACCAUCACAAAUCGCACCAUCUCAUUCUCCCUGAAAAGCAGCAUGAAGCAGCAGAUCACACCUGAGAUGAUCAGCUUCCUCCGCAACUUCUCCAACUGGGCUGGAGUCACCAUCAGUCAUGGCGGAAACCGGUACCCGGCCUGGGACCCAACUGACUAUACAGACAUCAAGUUCUUCCUCCGGUUUGAUCCCGCCUAUGACUUUACGGCCAUGCUAUCAAGCUCUCUGGACCAGAGACGGAAUCUCGAAGAUGCCGUUCGGGCUAUGGUCGGAAGGGUGCCAGAUGUCUCGCUGCCGCCAGAGCUGAAGCCAACAGUGGCCAAUAUCUGGGCAGAGGAGCAUGUCAUACCGUUUACCGUUAACAAGGACCCCGCACGUAAAGACAUCACCAUGGCUGACAUCGCAGAAGCCUACAAAGAAACAGUUUGUGUCGACAUUUCAGGAACUUGCGUUAGGCCAUUGGAUAUUUCCUAUGAACUCGGCUUCUACAGUAUUUGUCAAUACAACUGCUCGACAAUUCCUUCCGAAAACGAAUGCGUCGCUGUGCCAAGCUGUGGUUGGUGCACACUAAACGAAGGUCCCGGAUGUGGAGACAACUGUUAUCUGGUAGAAUGGGCGGAGCACUUCGCCUUCAUCCCCUGUGACCAAACACGAGACCUGAACGACAUCCAGCGUCAGCAGCUGGUGGCCCAGUUCAGACUUGAGCUGGCAAACAUCAUGGGUUCAACAACAGACAAGAUUAUCAGGAACGUCACCAUUACUGACUCUGGAAUCUACUUCGAGCUCCAGGGCACCAUGCAGGAUCGCUUUCUGCCGGAGUUCGAACUCAAAAUUCGGGACGCUUUCGAACUGGCGGCUAACUUCACUGUGGGAGAUUUGAUCAAUCCUGAUCUUUUCAGAACUCGCAACCCCGAUGAUUUCACAGAUAUGGUCGUAAAAUUAGAAUUCACCGGUGUGAACUUUGCGAACCUGGUCGGCCAGCAUUCCGUGUCCGAGAGCAGGCUUCAUCCCGCACUAAAAACUGCACUGACCAACGCCGGCAUAUCCCAGCAGUACGUGGUAUCCAGUAAGAUGCUUGACAGAGGCCAGGACUACAUCGAGUUCUCUAUAUCAAAGGAUGUCGACAGCAGCGACGACCUGGCAGUGGAAGUUCAGAAACUCGAGGAUGCCCAAGCCCAAAACGGAGGAAUACUGCUGAAUCUAAAACCCAACCAGGUAUGGCCCGGCAAAAGCACUGGUGUCAGCGCAAGAGGGACCUUUGACAGUAUCUGUGUGCCAUCGAGCACGCCACCCUCUACCCCCACUACAACAACUACCUACGGUACAGCACCAAACAACGGCAUUACAACAGGUGGCCAAAAUAUAGCUCCAAUACUAGCCUUACCAACGAGCAACCCCGGCGGCCAAGGGCCAGGCGGUAUCAACAACAACGGUGGCGGCAUUAUUCUGCCGGGACCGGGUGUAGUUGGGUUUUUACCGGAAGGCUGCUGUGUCUGCCCAGCAAACCAAUCUGUGGAAAGCAUCCCUCUUACGUAUGAUCCCGAGGCGGCUACAGGACAGCUGUCCUCCACAGACAAGGUAGGGAUGGGUGUGGGCAUCCCGGUGGCCCUGGCGGCGCUGGCCGGACUCGGGGCGCUGCUCAUGUUCUUCCUGAAGAGGAAGACGGACCGCCCGCCCACUCCCAUCCGCAAGAACGUCGUCUCGCCGGUCGUGGAGUCUUUCGAGACCAACAUCUACAGCGCUUCCAUGGACGACGAGCUGAGUUACCAGUUCGGUAAGAAGGGCGCGGAGCUGCACCGGUUCCGGGACCCUAACGCCGUGUACGGGCGGCUGUCCACUGCCUCCUGGUCCCCGUACCCGAGCACGGCGAGUUCCUCAUCCACCAUGGAGAGCUCUCUCUCAACACCUGAUGUCUAUUAGAUAAGUAGAUACAUCUACUCAAGCGUUAUCAAGCUCUGUAAAAUCUAUGAAUAUGCAAAACUACCAUAUGUUUGCAUUAAAACAUAUUGUUAUAUGUUAUGCCUCUGUAAUCGUAAUAAUUCAAAAUCCUUCGCCUUCAAAUCUCUAUUUCCCGUUUUUUGUUUUGAAUAAUUUGCCUUAAUGUUUGCUGUCUAUAUCUAGAACCGUAUGUAGGCAAGUGGGUUGACACUGUAAACACUGUAGUAUGGCGUGCUUGAACAGUAUUAUGUAUACACUUCGCAAGUUAGUUUCCAUUCAUA